UCUAAAACAGAUUAAAUUAUUACUACUAACCAGCUCCCAUGGCGAUGCCAUCUCCGCCAUUCACACCCCCCCUUCCUCAUCUCGUCUCCUUCACCCUCCCUGUUCCUUGUCGCCUUGCUGCUGUAGCUUCCAUGUUUACAAACAGCAGCAGCAGCAACACCAGCUGACGCACGCAGCAUACAGUCACCUCCCCACCCCUUAGAUCCCCCGUCCUACUUCCCCUCCUCCGAUGGGAAGCGCCGACGACACCAAGCCGUUCAUCCUCUCCGAUCCACUUCUCCCCUCCGCCCCAUCCUCCGCCGUCGCCGCCGCCGUCGCAGCUUCAGAAGACGACCAGUACCCACCGAUUAUCUACAACCACGGUCACCGUCCUCUUCGUGACCUCACCUUCCUCAUCCUAUUCCUCGUCCUCAGUCUCGCCACCUUUGCACUCGGCAUCGUCGCAUCCUUCCGCCAAAACCCUAAUCGAUCCCACGCUUCUUCUUUUAUCUAUGACUCAGCCUCCUCCUCCUGUAUCCCUCCCUCUUCCAGCUCUUUCUCGGUCUUCAAUUCACUGUCCCUCCCCUCUUCAUCUUCCUCCACUUUUCUACGAGAUCUAAUUUGGACUCUGGUCAUCACUCUGCUGCUCGCAUUGCCGAUUGUCCUCGCUCUUCUGUCCCUUCUUCGGUAUUUUGCCAAACAGGUUGUGUACUUCUCCAUUCCUUUCUUCAUCAUCAUCCCGAUUUUCCUCAAUGUGUACUGGUUCGUGGCCUGCCAAUUCGGCGCCACUUGUCGCGAAUCCUUUCCCCUUGCAUACCGCAUCCUUGUCCUCGUCUUCGUUUUCUUCCUCAUCGCGAUCGUUGUUUGGAUCAUCGUCUCCAAUUGGCACCGCAUUAAACUUACGGUCCACAUUCUCCGGAUCGCUUCAGUGGCGCUUGUUAGCAACAUGCUACUGCUCGCGGUGUUCCCGUUUCUGAUAAUGGGUUUGCUGGUGUACUUCGCACCGAUUGUUGUGUUCUUGGUGCUUGUGACUUUUAAUGGGAAGAUUGUACCAACGAAGGGGGAGGAUGGUUUGUAUUUCUGCAAGUGGAAGCAGGAUCGGUGGGUGCCUGCUUAUUUUGCACUAGCGAUAAUUACAAUGAUAUGGAGCUUCGCAACUAUGAUAGAGGCGAAGGUUUACGUGACAAGCGGAACAAUUGCUCAGUGGUACUUCUCGAUAGAGGGGGUUAAGCCGCGUAGCAGCAUAAGAAGUUCUCUGAGAAAUGCUUUUGGCCCCUCCUUUGGCACAGUGUGUUUUUCAGGAAUGGUAUUAGGCGCGGUUCGGUUUGUACGGGCUGUUGUAGAUAGUGCAGGAAGGGAAGAUCUUUCUGGAGGGUUUAUAAAAAUCCUGCUCCGGUGUUGUGCCAAUUUUUUGUUCGCUGCAUUUGACUUUGUCAACAAGUUCACUAUAAAUUUUGCUGCAAUAACGGGUGAAAGCUACUGUUCCGCUGCAAAGAUGGCAUAUGAGCUUCUGAGGCGAAAUCUUUUGUCUGCUGCGUUUGUUGAGACUGUCUCAACUCGAAUUCUUAUUGGAUUAAUCUUCGUCAUAUCUACACUCUAUGCGAUUGCGGCUUGUGCAAUCUUAAAGGCCACCGACGACCUCGGCACGGAGACAUACUUCGUCGCAGCUCUCGCAUGGCUUCUUCUCAUGAUUGUGUUGGGUUACUUCGUUCAUGUGCUCGAAAAUGUUAUCGACACCGUAUACAUUUGCUACGCCAUCGACAGGGAUAAAUCAGAAGUUUCCAGACAGCAAAUUCAUGAGGUUUUUGUUUUGCUUCCUCUUAGCAGAAAUCACAGGCCAUCGUUACACUCCAGAACUCCCUUCUUAGCCUGAUUACAUUAUGUUUAUUUAUGUGUUUUUUGUAUUAGUGUUUGAGAUUAAACAGGUUUGUUAAGGUUAUUGUAAUCAUAAUUUAAGUUUUUAACCGCUGUAUAAUAUGGUUGGUUUGUUCCUUCUGCAUGUUGGGUAGAGGAUUUGUAAAAUGUAAUUUUGAUGCUUUUUUUUUUUUAUUUUUCUGAUGAUGAAUUAUGUCCA